CAACACUCCAAUAAAUACCCUCACAAGCCCCCCUCUUCUACACAACUAGCCACCAUGGUCUCCUCCGCACAAUUCUCCGACGCCAUCCACAGCGUCCGGCUAUCCACGGUGGUUCCCGGCGACGUCACUCUGCCGAACACCGUUCACCACCUCACCGGCGGCGAUCUUGCCUUGAAGCUCCACUACCUGAAAGCUGUCUACUAUUUCACUCCAAGCGAGGCUUUGUUGGGCUUAACUAUUUCUACUCUCAAGAAACCAAUGUUUCCCUUACUUAACAUCUAUUACCCGGCCGCCGGCAGAAUUCGCCGCGACGACACCGGCCGGCCGCAUAUCAAGUGUAACGACGGCGGCGUGAGGAUCGUGGAAGCGUGCUGUGAUUUGACAGUAGAGGAAUGGUUGGACCGGAAGGAAGUGGACCGGCACCGCCGGCUCUUGCCGGAUAAGGCGGUCGUUGGACCGGAUAUUUAUUUCUCCCCAACUGUUUUCAUUCAGUUUACCAGGUUCAAAUGUGGGGGAAUGGCAGUAGGUUUUAGUUGGGCUCACCUCCUCGGAGAUGCAGUUUCUGCUUCAAAUUUCAUCAAUCUCUGGGGACAACUACUAUCAGGCAAAGAAAUAGCCAAAACCUUCCAGCUCCAUAGCCUGCAAAAUGAACCAGAAAAUUCAGUUGCACCAUUACAGGACUCUGUAUUGCCCAGCUCAUUUAAGCAAGUAAAACAGGUAGGGGAUUUCUGGCUCAAUUCAAAUUUUCGACGGAUGGCUACAUUUUUCAUUGAACUUACUGCAGCCAAUUUGAAUGAUCUGCAAACAAGGAUUUCUACAAAAAUAUCAAUAUUUGAAACUAUUACAGCCCUAUUGUGGCAAAACAUUUCAAAAAUUAGAGCAGAGAAAGAGCCCAAACUGGUAACAGUUUGCAAGAAUAGCUCCAUUGAAAGAAAUGGGAUUCUCAGUAACCAGCUAAAGGUUAAGACUGUAGUAGCAAAUCCAUCACCAGCGAAGGCCGAGCUGCUAGAAUUGGCCAAGCUAAUAAAUAAAGAAGGCAUAGACGAGAUGAAAGAAAUACAAGAACUAGUAAAUAGAGAAAGUGAGAAGCUAGAUGUCAUUCUUUAUGGUUCAAACCUCACUUUUGUUGAUAUGGAAUCAAUCAACUUCUAUGGGUUGGAGCUUAAAGGUCAGAAGCCGGUUCAUGCCGAAUGCAGCAUUGACGGAGUAGGUGAUGAAGGAGCAGUGUUAGUGUUUCAAGGUCAUGUUAGAACCGGUGGAAGAGUGAUAUCACUUAUACUGCCUGAAGAGGAGAUCCCCCAGCUUAAAGAGCUGCUUAAGAUUGAUUGGAGCAUAGAAUAAUAAUUCGCAAGGUUAUUUUCAAUAAAAAUAAUUAAUUCUAUGUUGCAAGCUGAAUAAUUCCUCAUGCAAGCUUAGAGAUCUCUGAAUAAUAAAUUGUGCUUUAGGUUAUGUAGUUCUUAUGUGGUCAGAAUUCAUGUCCAAAUAGAUGUUGUAAGGAGGCAAUCGAGUUGCUAUCAAGUUGUUCAAUUACUUAUAUGUAUGAUGCAUCAUUUCCAACAGAUUUUAGAUCCCAACCAAUAUAUCCCCAACUGAAAACAUUCCCAUGUCGAAUGCUACCAUUCUGAAAGACCUUGCAAGUUCAAGUAAUGUUUUUGAAUAUUUCUUUCUCAUUAACUUCA